UUUCUUUUUUUCUCUAUACAGAUUCCAUUAUUAUUAGCUACACCCCACUAUCCUAUAUCCAUAUAUAUAAAGCAUUGAACCCUUUGCAUUUUUCUUACACAAACAACUAGACCCUUCUUCUUCCAUUUGUUCUUUCUUUUUCACCUUAUCCUUAUAACCCUUUAUUUUUCUCUACCACCCCACAAGAUCAUUGUCCUUGUUAGGCUCUAAAGUCUUCACCUUUUUAAAGAAUAAUAAUAAACAAAACACAAAGCUAUGGCUUCAACCACUCUUAGCAAACAAAAGAAGCCUUCUUCUGAGUCCUCAUCAAGAUGGACAGCAAAAGAAAAUAAGCUCUUUGAGAAGGCACUUGCAGAAUAUGAUAAAGACACUGCAGAUAGGUGGCAGAAUGUGGCAAAAGCAGUUGGUGGAAAAUCUGUUGAUGAAGUUAAGAGACAUUAUGAAAUUCUCUUAGAAGAUCUCAGACACAUUGAGUCCGGCCAUGUUCCAAUUCCUAACUACAAGUCCACACCUUCAACCACCACCAAUCUUGAUGAAGAACAGAGGUAUUAUUAUUAGGCUUUUGAAGUAUCUUAAACUGAGUUGAUUUGAAACAAUUAUGUCUCUAUAAUCAUCAUUAGCUACUCGCAGAAGAAGGUUAUGUUAUGUGGCCGGUGUGGUGUGGCAUGAAGCUUCAGAAUUUUCUUCCUAUUUAAUUUGUGUCUCUUCAUCUUCUCUCCCUUAGCUUAUUGUAACGUAGAUUAGUUUAAUGAAUUAUGAUAUUCUCUAAAACUUCCCUUAAUUUUUAUUAUUAAUUUUUAAGUGUUGAUAUUUUGGAAUAGUAACUAACUAGAAACUACAAAG